GUAAAACUGAGACAGGAAUAUUCUCCUUUCGAUUACGAACUCUCGUAUCAACAUUUAGUUAAUUCCCAUAUAAUCAUAUCAGUAAUUUAUUCAGAAACUCCAGUGAACACCUUAAUGUUCAGGCGCAGCAAUGAAGUUUAUUUGUGUGACUCUGCUGAUUAUUAGUGGAAUUACAGAUUCAAGAUCAGAGCAGUAUGAAGUAGUGGGACCUGCAGGUCCUGUAUUUGCUGUAGCUGGUGAAGAUGUGAUUCUGCCCUGUUCAGUCAAACCCAACAUUAGUGUUGUGGACAUGAGAGUGGAGUGGUUUAGACUUGAUCUGAAAGACUCACCACUAGUGCAUCUCUAUGAGGAUCAUGUAGACAAAAACACAAAUCAGAUUCAGUCCUACAGAGGCAGAACAAAACUGAAUCAUCAAGAACUACAGAGAGGAAAUACAUCACUCAAACUUUCAUCAGUCCGAGUCUCUGAUGAAGGACUUUAUAAGUGUUUUAUUCAGUCCAAAUCCUGGUCUGAUGAUGCCACUGUUAAUGUCAAUAUUGAAGCUGUAGGACGUCCUCCAGUGAUCACUGUAGAUGGGUUUGAUCAUUCAGGAGGACUUCAUCUACUGUGUGAAUCUGAAGGUUGGUAUCCUGAACCUGAUCUUGAGUGGCUGAACAGUGAAGGAGUCAGUUUGAGUUCAGAAACUACAGAGACACACAGAAAUGAAGACAGAUUCAGUGUGAAACACACCAUCACUGUACAUCACAGAGACGGCAAGAUUCACUGCAGAGUCAAACUGAGACAUCACGUGCUGGAAACACAGAUUAUCACCACAAGUAAAAGGUUUAGUUCUUGGAGGACAUCAAUCAUCCUGAUUUCAGUAGCUGCUGUGCUCAGUGUGAUUGCUGGAAUACUGAUAGCUGUGUUUGCUCAUAAAAUCAGAGAACACAUUCAACUACAGGAUGAACACAGUCAAUUACAGAAUAAACACAGUCGAGUACAGAAUGAACACAGUCAACUAAAGAAUGAACACAGUCAACUACAGGAUGAACACAGUCAACUACAGAAUGAACACAGUCAACUAAAGAAUGAACACAGUCAACUACAGGAUGAACACAGUCAACUACAGAAUGAACACAGUCAACUACAGAAUGAACACAGUCAACUACAGAAUGAACACAGUCAACUACAGAAUGAACACAGUCAACUACAGAAUGAACUCAGUCAACUACAGGAUGAGAAGAAGAGAAUACAACAUGUUUCUGAAUUUUCUUUAGAACAUGAUCAACUUUUGAAGACAAUUCUACCUAAAGCUCCCACAUAUUUAAGAUCAUACAAGGUGAAUGUGAUUCUGGAUGCUGAUACGGCUCAUCCACAUCUCAUCGUGUCUGAUGAUGGAAAACAAGUGAGAUCUGGAAACACACAAACGAAAGGAAAAGGAAAAGACAGAUUUGAUGAAUAUCUUGGUGUUCUUGGGAAGGAUGGAUUCUCCUCAGGGUGUUUUUACUUUGAGGUUCAGGUGAAGGGACAAACUAAGUGGGAUUUAGGAGUGACCAGAGAAUCUGUUAACAGGAAGGGUUUGAUCCGUCUGAGUCCUGACAAUGGAUACUGGAUUGUGGGACGGAGAGAUGGGGAGUAUCAAGCUUGUGAUUCUUCUGUUGACUCUCUUUCUCUGAGUGUGAAUCCUCAGAGGGUCGGUGUGUUUGUGGAUUAUGAGAAGGGUCUCGUCUGCUUUUAUGAUGUGGAGUCCAUGUCUCAUAUCUACUCUUACACUGAUCAGUGUUUUAAUGAGAAACUCUAUCCAUUUGUUUGUUUGGGGUAUGAAAAUGAAAACUCCACACCACUGAUCAUCUGUGAUGAUUACUAAUGAGAUCAGUGAAUUUACAUGAUCAACUGAAAUAAAAGAAAAUUCAAUAAAAAUGGUAACAGCAAUAACUAGAUAGUAAAGUUUGUUUGAGAA